AUGCCUCGCCCCAAGAUCCUGCCUGAGAACAGGGUACGCGCCUACAGAGCUUGCCAACCCUGUAAAGCGUCCAAAAUCCGCUGCGAUGCUAAAGUGCCCUGUGCGAAUUGUGUUCGGCGGGGCCGGUCCGCCAGGUGCACAUACAAUGGCACUGCCGCGCCCGGCUCCAGUGCUCGAUCCGAGCUCGAAGAUCGCCAAGAACGGCUCGGGCAACAGGCCCUCUCACCCAUGUCGCAGACGGCAGCAAACUGCUCGCCCUCGUCCCGGUCUGGCCGUAUGUUGGCGUCGUCAACUGGCGCGGAAGCUGAGGCCAUCGAUUGUGGGAAUGGAGUCACUGGCGACCAAGAGUCUCCCAGGGAGCAUUUUGUAACCAACUUCAGAGGCGAGAAAGUGCUAAUACUUGGAGCCCUGACGAUCACCGUAGUGUAUAUCGGGGAGAACGCGUCGCUGUCGUUUCUUGACUUCCUGCGGCACACUCUGAAGCCUCUCGUAGGCUCAACUGCAUUCACCGAUGGCGAACGACACAACUCCAUGAUAGAUGCGGAUGUGCGAGAAGUUCCGACAACUCUGCAUUCUCCGGAUAUCACAGAGAAGCGCGCUCUCUUUCAAUCUUACACCGAAGUAUCAAGCGGCAUCCUGCACUUGUUCUCUGCCAACGAAGCGGAGGCUCUGUUGGAUGCGACAUCAAACACCACAUCGCCACAAACACCUGAGGACGUGGCCUCGAUGCAGGCAGCCCUAGCCAUAGGAGCUCAGGCCCGCAUGGCACCCCCCAACGACGGACCAUAUGCUGCUAUGUACUUCACUCGAGCCGGGCAGGUUGCCUUCCGCGAUAUGCUCUCAAACCCGAGCUUAGGUCUUGUCCGGUUAUUCCUUCUGCUUGCGUUCUAUACUCUGGGUGCUUGCCGACAAGAUGCAGCGUCCAUUUAUCUGGGAAUCGCUUCCAAAUCUGCAGUGGUUCUCGGAUUGCAUCAGCCUGGAAGUUGGAAGCGCACAGAGCGAGGCGAUGAGGCUUUUAGGCUACGAACCUGGCAUUCGCUCUGCAUCCUCGACGUGUUGACAAGUUCACUGCUCGGUCGGCCAUGCACCGUACCUAGAGCCACUCGGCACAGUAUCAACUUGCUGCCUCUCGAGGCCGAGCAGCCCGUCUUCAACGCUAUGCUCAAGGGUGUGGCUUUACUCGACGACAUAUGCUGCAUUCUUAGUCGCGGGGUGCUAGCUGAGACAGCUAUGGCCCAUGGCUUACUGGAGAGACUCCGCUCCUGGUGCAGAGAUCUUCCACCCGAAGCUCGUCGAUUCUCACAGGGCCACAAUGCAGCUUCGGGGAGCAGCGAGCGUCAGGCCGCGUUCAGUCGCGUUUAUCUCUCCAGCGUAUAUUACUUUGCCGUCAUACUAGUCACGCGGCCUUUCUUGACAGAAGUCUACGUCUCUCGAAUCCGACAACGCUCCGGAAUACAGCAGCACGUCGUCGCGGAGCCGUCCAAGGUGGACCUGGCCCAGGUGUGCCUGAGCUCGGCUACCUACAUGGGCCACUUGUGUCGCCAACUUGCGACUUUGCUGACCACCCUGAACCUACCACAGGGAAAUCUUUCUCUGUUCAAAGUAUGGGCCUUUGGUGCAGGGCUCGUGCUUGGCCUCUCCAUACUUGGUGGGGAGGUCAAGGGUGAUCUCAACGAGGCAUUCUAUGGCGUCAUGCAGCUCCUGCGCAAAAUUGGAGAGACAAGCCCACAGUCUAAACUGUACAGCGAAACGCUAGGAGCGUUUGCCGAAUCUAUCAAAAGAUAUCAACGCCUCAUGUCACGCAAAGCCCGCCGUGCUUCCGAGCAAUAUGUGGAGCAGCUGUUGGUUAUCGAUGACUUGGAUCACGACAUGGUGUGGCCUGUACCUGCAGCGGAGCAGCCAAAUGUACAGCACAACUGGGAUUCUGCGCUGCCCUUAAUGGGGUCCUUUCCGGAUCUAGAGCCCCCAGAUUUCGCCUUGCCUCCAUUUCAAGGAGCAGAAAUAUUUGAUAUGAGGGGAUGGGAUAACUUGGGUACUCAGUUUUCUGACAACUUUACAUUCGGCUUUGGGACAGGCUUUCUGUAG